AUGCAAAGAUCUAUUCACUCUAUUCAACAUUAUGAUAUAUCAUCAUAUAACAAUGUCUCCUCUUCUGAUUCAAACAAUGAUACUAUAGAUACUAUCUUUAAUUCCUAUACAUAUCAUAAUGAAAUUAACCAAAAUAUUACAAUUGUUCAACCAAAUAACUUAAUAACAACAUCUCAUUAUAAUCAACUAAAUAUCGCACCUUUGCCCUUUUUAUUCUGGAGACCUUCACAACAAUUAUUAAAGCUUUAUGCUGAAUUUCAGAAUAAGAUAUUACAAGAUCAUCUACAUAUUCUGUCAUUCAAAAUUCCUGUCUACCUCCGUGAGUUUAAAGAUGAACGACCAACUAAAGUUGCUAUUUGUAGUAGCUGUAAACCCCCAAAAACUAGAAGAUUCCCUCCAAUUCUAGCUCCUACACCCUCUGAA